AUGCUCCCGCACGCCAUAGCCGCAAUGCCCUAUCUCAGCGCGCAGCUGGUUGGACGGGAGGCCCGCGAGGUUGACGGCGGCAAACUCAUCGUCAACGACGACCCCGAGCCGUGGUGGCGCCCCUUUGUGGGCCCCGUCUGCUUCACCUGGGACUGGGAGCCUGCUUGGGACACGUCCGUCGUGCACGCAGCCGGUGUCGAGCAUGUGGCCGAGCUCGCGAGCGUCGAGCUGAAGAUUGGGGAUGGGGCCGAUGGGCUGUGGACACCAGGACACGCUCUGCUUCUGCUCCCCGUCCUCGUCGGCGUCCUCUACGGACCGGCCCUGCAACGCAGCGUGUCCGUCCUCGGCGUCUUCCGGGCCCCCAACUCCUCGGUCGUGGAGAACCCGGCGCACCUCGUCUACAUCCCCGACACAACGCACUGCGAGGACCUGCACUACUACGCGCCCGCCAACGUCCUCUUCAGCGCGUGUGCCGACGCGGCAGAGACUCGCCAUGUCUGGUUCCCGCCCCUCACCAACUUUGACGACCCCAUCGCCGGUCUGGAAGCCACUGGGUCGAUCCGUGUCAUUGGCGCUGGCACGCACAAGGCCCAGCGCUUGACGUUGGAGGACUUCAAGGGUCCCCUGAUUCCACAUGGCAUCGACGUGGUGGAGGAUCCAGACGCGGACAAGGUGCCCGCCGUCUACAUCUUUGUCGUCAACCACGUCCCCGCCCCGGCCUACGUCGAGUGGAAGCGCGCCUCGGCCCAUGGACAGACACCCGAGCCGACCAACAAGUCCGCCUCGCGCGUCGACAUCUUCCACCACCUCCUCGGUGCAUCUUCCGCCCGCCACGUCCGGAGCGUCCAACAUCCCCUGAUCGCGACGCCCAACGAUAUCUUCGCGGUCUCCCCCCGUGAGUUCUACGUCACAAAUGACCACCACUACCGUGAGGGCGCCAUGCGUAUUGCCGAGGACGUCUUUUCCGGCGCCACGUGGUCCACGACCAUCCACGUCCUGCUCGAGGGCGCCGAGGUCCGUGCCAACGUCGCCCUCACGGGCCUGCACAACAACAACGGCCUCGGCCACGGAAAUACAUCAGACCAGGUGCUCAUCGGCAGCGCGGCCAGUGGCACCAUGCACCUCGCCACGUUUGGUAAGCGCGAGGGGACGCUUGAGGUCUUGGAGUCGAUCAACCUGGACUCGGCCAUUGACAACCCGACGUAUUUUCGAGAUCCCUAUGCCACCCCGGCGCUCGACCUGUCAGGUUACGUCAAUGGCGGCAUGAGCAACGGCUACAAGGUCGUCGAGUCGGCAAAGAAUCCCGCUGGCCUAGACGGCUCCAUGGUCUGGAUCACGCGGCCCUCAGUGACGGAGGGCGACAGCGCACAGGGGUGGGGCAACAAACUCCUGUUUCAGGAUGAUGGCAGUAGAAUCAGGGCCGCCAGCGUGGCCGUCCUGGUGGCCAUUGACCCAGCCUUGGAAGCUGGCCAACGCAAGGCCUGGCUUUACGUCUCGGGGUUCGUCUCCAAGAGCAUCCUCGCCAUCAAGAUCGACAUUGUGUAG